UUCACAAACAGUCCACCAACAGGACUUGGGCGGGGCUUGGCUGAAUACGGGUGGGGGCAGAAACGACCCCACUGCGAGAGAAAAACAACACGGACUCCUGAAAUCCGCCGACAUGGUUGAAGGAUCGCGUGUGGUGAACUACUUCAUGAUGGUGUUUGGGAAUACUCUUUAUUCCCACAUACACUUUAUGGACCGCCUCACUACACGUCUGGAGCUCCAUGAAGUGACUGACCUGGAAAAGAGCGACAGCAUUAUUGCUUUUGUCGUUGUUGCGUCUCGAGCUGGAACCGACCUUGAAGCUGCUCUUAGGAAAAUUCCACAAUCGUCCCGGCCUGUCGUUCUCAUCGUUCUCCACCACACGUUUGACCCAAAUUUCGUUGCUCCAGAAAGCGGACUGUGUGUUAACAGGGCUAACAUGUUCACUGUGGACUGCCUGUUCUAUGAAGACCAAGGUCUGCUGAGAUGUCUGCGCAACGACGAGGCGCUGAAAGCAGUCACUGACCACCUGAUCUCUAAAGGAGGGUUGCCUAAAUCACAGGAAGGUUAUCACCUGAUGAAUUAUCCUGCAGUCACCAAUCAGUGCUGUACAAAGAAAACAAGGAAUCUCUGGAUAAUUAUCGGGCUCUUUGUUGGGGCAGCCUGUGGAGUGCUUUUAGGGAUCUGUAAUAAAGCUGGGCAGGUCUUCCUUGGGGCACCUCUUGGGGCGGUGACCGCGUACCUGCUUCACUUCCGUCUUUCUUACGGAGAACCAUCCACAGCCAGUUUGACCUACUGACAGUUGUGAUGCCUGUUAAACUUCAGCAGAGUGAUGAUCUGAAAUGCGUGUAUACAGAUUACUGAGUGUCCUGUAUGAUCUUAUCUAGUAGAGCUUUUGCUUAUGUUUACAAUCUUCUAUAAUCAGUUAUGAUUCUCAUGCUUAUUGAAAUGCAGUUUGCAGUGCUCUAACUUUUUGUCUUGGGGGGCCGUGGUGGGCCAAAGAGACACAUAUACAGAUGAAGAAAUUAGUUAGGCUCCAACCAGAGCUUUUAAAAAUGUAUUUUGUAACAUUGAGCUAUAUUUUGUUACCAAAGUACUUGAAAUCUACAUUUUUAAAGUAAAUUAAGAAUUUAUAUAGGUUUAUAUAAAAUGGGUGAGGGGGUGGGCUUAGGGUAAUGUUCUGGAAGGCCAAAUCAAAGUUUAGCCUGCUGGCCACACUUUGGACAGAGCUGUUUUAAACUCUUUUACAUGUAAAUCAUCAUCGUGUCUUGUGCAGUUCUUGACAUUUACGUUAAAAAUAAAUCUAGUUAUAAACACUCA